CAGAGCCGGCUGGUCCCUGGGGUGCAGCCGGUGGUGAAGCCUCCCAGAGAGUCCGGCUGGCCUGCCCGUGCCUUCGGGACACCGCUGUAGGGGCCAUGGGGGUCCCCUCCGUCCUGCCCCUCCCUGCCGCGGCGAGUGACCGGGCUGGCGGCCCGUCCCGCCGUCCUUGGGGCCACAUGCUGCUGUGGACAGCUCUGCUGGUCCUGGCUCCCGCGGCCUCCGCAGCUGGGACUCCCAGCCCACAGGGUCCCCCGAAGGCCGUGGUGCGCCUGGAGCCCCCCUGGUUCAACGUGCUCCGGGAGGACGACGUGACUCUGCACUGCCAGGGGCCCCACGGCCCUGCGGACGGCCCCACCCAGUGGUCCAGGGACGGGACCCCCAUCCUGGCCCAGGUCCAGCCCCGCUUCAGCUUCAAAGCCAGCCUCAGCGACAGUGGGGACUACAGGUGCCAGACGGGCCAGACCGGCCUCAGCGACCCUGUGCAUCUGAACGUCACUUCCGACUGGCUGCUGCUGCAGACCCCAAGCCUGCUGCUGCAGGAGGGCGACCACCUCCUGCUGAGGUGCCACAGCUGGCAGAACCGGCCUCUGUUCAAGAUCCAGUUCCUCCAGGACGGCGUCUCCAGGCGGUACUCCCCUGCCAAUUCCAGCUUCUUCGUCCCGCACGCUAACGUCAGUCACAGCGGCACGUACCACUGCUCCGGAUUCAUCGGGAGAAUGAAGCACGAGUCCAACCCUGUGAACAUCACUGUCCAAGGCAGACGGGACGACAGCUCCUUCCCGGUGACCAUCGUUGUGGCCGUGGUCGUGGUCAUCGCUGUCGUGGCCGCUGUGGCUGCCGUGGCGGCCUGGGUCUGCCUCAGGCAGAGCCAGAGCGCAGUCAUUUCUUCUGGACAAGAGGCCAUGCACGGAAGCGCCGUCCAGGGGUGUUGGGAGGAGGACCAGGCCUCGGGCCUCCCGGCAGCGGCCACUGCGCAGACGCAGCACUGUCAUCAUGCAGGAGGAGCCCCUGAGAGCAGGGAAGUGGGAGAGACCCCACCUGAGGAACCAGCCACCCUCACCCAGGCUGAAGAGGCUGCCAAAACGGAGGCCGAGAACUCCAUCACCUACUCCCUGCUCAUGCACCCGGAGGAGGACCCGGGGCUCUCGGAUUACCAGAACAUGUAGCCGUGGGCACGAGGGCCAGGCGAGCUGGGUCGGUCUUCCAGCCUGACCAGAGGCCCCCGAGGUUCCCAGGGAGCAGGACUCUUCCGGGGGGUGUCCCCGCCCGGACGCCCGGGCUCCUGUCCCGACAGCCACAGACCAUGUGGUCCCGGCUGACGGGCCGCGCCGACCCCGGCCGCGGCGCCGGUCCCCAUCACACGUCCUCUGUCUGCAUCCACGCGGCCAGCAAACUGCGCUCUCGUGAAGACAGCUCGGCCACAGGGGAAGUGCGUGUGCCACGCGUGCCCCGGGAGAAACUACACGGAUGUCUGGUUUCGGAUGUGACGAGCAGAGCACCACAGGCCGGCGGGUUGGCGCGGCUGUUGCGGGGCGACAGAAUCUGGGGGGGUUCCUUUCUUUUCCUCUACACAGCAUGUAUCACUUUUAUAAUAAAGCAUGUAAAACAAC